AUAAUUAUUAACCACAGAGGUCAUAUUACCUUAUGUACUUCUUUCAAACAGGUCUCAAAACUGUCCCAACUUGUAAAUCUUCGAGAUAACAUAAUAUCAUUGAAGAUUCGUCCUAUAUCAUGCUUCAUCACGAUGGAAUCGUCUUCGUUACUUGAAGAAUGAACGUUAUCAAACAUAAUGUGGCUGAACUCAAUUCAUAUCUAAAAAUGUCUUGAUUUGACCGCUUCCGAAAAUUUUCACGAAUUGUCGAUGUGACGCACCAAUCAUUUUGCGACAGUUUGACCUUCAAGUGCUCGCAACCCCCAUCAGUGGACGAUACCCUAGGAGCGUUGCCUUCAAGCUGCAUCAAUUUAGCGGAUUCUGAACUAUUGUAGUCAACUACUUUCGUCACUAAAAUUUAGUGCGCUUUGUCACUCUUUGGCUCACACUUCUCUUGUGUAUGCACAAAACAAUGAGGCUAAAGAUUCUUGUUUUCUGAAUUAUCUUUAUUAAUGACUGGGAAUACUAUACCGGCUGAUCUACUAGAUUUAUCGACACCAAGUGUGACUGAAGUUGUUGAAAGUCUGAUAAACAAAUAUGAACGUUCAGAAAUUUACACAUGGCUUGGAACCAAUAUUCUGAUAUCAAUCAAUCCAAAAAGCGCCUGUCCACAAAACUACACAUGUGAUAAUUGGAAUGAUUUUCAUGAGAUUCCCGAUUGUUGGAGAAAGCCGCACGUUUUUUCUAUGGCUGAAGAGUGUUUAUAUCAGUUAUCAUCGACACAAAAUAAUCAGUCGAUAAUUAUUACGGGCACAAGUGGGUCUGGAAAAACAGAAGCUACUAAACAUAUUUUACGCUACUUAACCUACAAAAGUAGUAUAAAGCGUCAGAAACAAAUAGCAAAAGUUGAAACUUAUAUUGAACACACACUUAUACAAUCGAAUCCUGUGUUAGAAGCUCUUGGCAAUGCACAAACUCAAUUUAAUGAAAAUAGUUCACGUUUUGGCAAAUAUAUACGCCUUCUGUACGAUCGAAAUCAAAUUCUCGUUUCAGCAAAGUUGCAAAUUUAUCUUUUAGAAAAGCCUAGAGCUGUAUUCACUUCUCAAACGCUUUUCUCAUCAUUUCAUGUAUUUCGUUGGUUUUUGGAAUCUUUAUCAAAAGAAGAUCAAAUACAAUUUGGUUUGAUUGGUUGUCAUUAUUUAGUGAAUGAUAAUGAUAGUCGUGAUGAUCUUGUGUUACAAAAGUCACAUUCCAACUGGUCUUGCUUACUUGAAGCAUUUCAAUCAUUAAAUAUUAAAGAUGGGAAAUUGCUUGAAUUUUAUAAAUUACUAAGUGUUAUUUUACUAUUGAAUAGUGUACAUUUCAUUUCUUCGGAGUCUUGUGUAAAUAUUGACUUAAGUCAAAUAAAUUCAUCAUGUCUUCCAUCUAACUCACCUUGUCAUUCGUCAAAAUUGAAUGAUCAACAAAAUUAUCGCCACCAACAUCAGGAGCGUCAGUAUUCAGAUGAUCCCGCCAGUUUAGCCACUAUUUCUACCGAUGAUAUGCAGAAAAUCACAAUGGCUGGUAAACUCUUAGGUAUUCCAGACGGUGAAUUACUUCAUAGUUUCCCACAACAAUUUCUAACACGUCUUGUUCAAGCUGGUUCCAACUCACAUCAAUCCAGACGAGUGACAACUUAUAGAUGUGCGUGUACAGUUUCUCAAGCUCGAGAACAACGUGAUUGUUUUGUAAAAGCUUUAUACAAUAGUCUAUUUCAUUUCAUGGUUGAGUUAAUAAACAAACAGUUGAAUUUCGAUAAUACUGAAGGUGUUGUUAAUGAAUUGGGUAUCCUUGAUCUAUUCGGUUUUGAAUGCUUGGAUGUAAAUAGUUUCGAACAAUAUUGUAUUAAUUAUGCUAAUGAACGUUUACAUCAAACGUUUAUGCGUAUUGCUGUUACGAAUGCAUGGGUGGAAUUAGAAGAGGAAGGAUUAUCUUUUCAAUCUGUAAAUAAUUUAUUACCAACUGAUACUAUUACCACCACCAACGUUACCAAUACUACUAAUAUGAAUAUUACUGAUGGAAAUAUUGAUGAAUACAAACCCCGGUUAGAUUCAUCAUUGGAAAAAUGUUAUAAUACACAUACUGUGAAAGCGAUAGAAACAAAUGCUAAUUUAUUAGAAGAAGUUUGUCUUUUAAAUCGUGUUCACAAUGUGAAUCCUUCCAUGAAAUUAUCUUCAACUAUAUCCUCUAAUCACCUAUUAGAUCCACGUGAAUUAGAUUGGAUUAAUAAAAUGCAAUCAGUGUUUACUACACCAAAUUGUUCAAUUUGUUUAUAUGAUGACCAGAUUGUUCGAUCACCCCGUAUGACCAAUACUAAGAAACAUACACAACCAACAUCUUGUCAUGUAAUGAACAAACAAACAAUUUCUAAACCAUCUCCGUCAAAACUUAAAACUUAUUCAAAAUCAGCAUGUGAUCGUUUCAUUGUGAAACAUUAUGGUGGAUCUGUUACAUACUCUGUGUCAGGCUUUGUGACUAAAAAUCUUGAUCGUCUACCAGUACAUUUAUUGACAUGGGUAAAAGACUCUUGUACCACUACACUUGAUGGUGACAAUAAUAAUCCUCCUACUACAAAUAAUAACAAUAAUCUUAUUUAUUUAAUUCUAAGUCAUGCAUUAGAUACAAUUAUGAAUAAUAAUUCAAAGCAUCAAAUGAAAAGUUCAGCACAGUUACGAUCACCUUUACGACAAAUAAACAUUAUUAAUGAUAAUCAAAUAGAUAACAGUUCAUGUAGACAACUUAACUCAUCAAUUAUAAAUAACGUUUCAGGCAAUGAUCAGCAUUUUGUGAAUAAUUCCAUUUCUCCUACAAAUAAUCGAUUGAAUGCUAACAGCACACGUCGUUUGAAUACCGUAUUUGGUAAUUUUAAAUCAUCUGUAGAUCAACUGCUUGAUUGUCUCAGUUGUCAUAAUUUAUUUUUUAUACGUUGUAUUCGACCAGAUUUACCUUCUGGAAUAAAUUGUACAACUAUCAACUCAUUAUCUAUUAUUGAUCGUAAUUAUGUACAAGAUCAACUUUUAACUAGUGGUCUUUUAGCUGCAUUAGAAGUUUUACGUUCAACAUACUAUGCAAAGUAUACGUACAAGGAGUUUAUCAGUCAAUACAGAGUAUUUUGGCAAUUAAAUCCUCAUCCACCAGCUAACCAAUUAAUGGAAACUGAAUUCUCUUUAUUGAAUUCAUGGUAUCUUAAGUUAAUUCAACUGACUCGGUCAACAUCUAAACGAACUCAACUUAAAUUACGUCGAGAAACAAGUGAAUCAACCAUUCAACAACAACAACAAUUUGUUCUUAUUAUGUUAACACUUGGAUUAAAUCUAAUUCCAAUUCAUGGUUGUUAUGACACAUCAGUUUUAAAUAAAGAGAAUUUAGAUAUUUCUAAACAAAUAUCUAUACAAUUUCCAAUUAUUCAUCAAUUUGGUCGUACAUGUAUUCAUUUAACAAAAAGUCAAUUUCAACAUUUAAUUACAUUGAAAGAAUUCAUGUUAAAUCGUAAUGUGAAAGUGAUACAACGUUUUUUUAAAAGAUGCCUACAAUAUAAAGUUGCUGCAUGUCGAAUUCAACAUUGGUGGCGAAAAAUACUGAACUAUCGUAAGAAUAUAUCUUAUCAUCAAUUACAUAGUAUAAAUCUUGUAUCUUCCUUGUCUAAUAAUGAUAUUAAUAACACUACUAAUCAAUGUGAUAAUAAAUAUACUCUCAAUUCAAAUAUACCGACUAUUGAAACAUUACAAUUAAAAGAGGAGAAAACUAUUCAAUCUACAUCACCAUUAUUAUUAUCGUCAUCAUCACGAUCACGAUCAUCAUCGGCGACAUUCAUAAUAGAAUCAAUUGAUUAUUGGCCAACAUAUCAACAACAUAUUCUAUCACGUCGUUAUUUACCAAUUAGAAAUAAUCAUCAUCAUCAUCAUCAUACAAUAAUCGUUUGUCAAUCGAAUCAUAAUCAUAAUCAUUUAAUUAAAAAACAAUCUAUUUUAUUAAAUUAUUUAAUACCAUAUUCGCAUAAAAAUCAUAUUUUAAAAUUUUUUGAAACUAUAGAACAACCUAUUCAAGGUAUUUUUGAUAUUUUAUUGUAAAAUUGAUGUAAAUCAUUAUGGUUGUUUUAUUUAUUUAUUAUAUUUGACCAAUGAAAACUUAUCUAUC